CCACGGUUUCCGGCCCCAGGUAUCCCACAAUCCUUCGCUCUUUCCGUUUCACUCGGCUCCCGUCCCUUCCCCCGAAAGCAAUGGCUGCGGCCGUGGCUGGGAUUCUGCGAGGCGGCCUCCUGCCCCAGGCGGGCCGGCUGCCCACCCUCCAGACGGUCCGCCACGGCUCCAAGGCUGUGACCCGCCACUGGCGCGUGAUGCACUUUGAGCGGCAGAAACUGAUGGCUGUGACUAAGUAUAUCCCCCCGAAACCCGCGGUCAAUCCGCGGUGCCUGACGCCUCCUCCCAAGCGCAUCCAGGAGGAGACAGGCCUCAUCCGGCUCCUCCGUCGGGAGGUAGCAGCAGUUUUCCAAAACAACCGAAUGAUCGCCAUCUGCCAGAAUGUGCCUAUGGGUGCGGAGGACAAGCUGUUUAUGCAGCACCGGCUGCGGAAACACGAUAUCCUGGUUAAGGCCUUCCCUAACCAGAUCCUGAAGCCCUUCCUGGAGGAUUCCAAGUACCGAAACCUGCUGCCCCUUUUUGUGGGGCACAACCUACUGCUGGUCAGCAAAGAGCCCAAAGUCAAGGAGAUGGUGCGAAUCUUGAAGGGUGUGCCCUUCCUGCCACUGUUAGGUGGCUGCAUUGAUGACACCAUCCUCAGCAGGCAGGGCUUCAUCAACUACUCCAAGCUGCCCAGCCUGGCCCUGGUGCAGGGGGAGCUGGUAGGAGGGCUCACGCUCCUCAUGGCCCAGACCCACGCCCUGCUUCAGCGCCAGCCCCUCCACCUGACGGCCCUGUUGGAUCAGUACGUCAGACAGCAGCAUGAGGGGGACUCUGUCAAGCCAGCCACUGGGCAGCCCGGUCCGCCCGACUCUGUUCCGGACUCAUAGCCGCCCGCCCGUAAACACACCUGCCCGCUGGCCGUGCUGUCCUUGGGAAUGUGGGUGAACUCGGGGUGGGAUGGCGUGUGUUCCCUGGCUUCUACCGACGACGACCUCCUCCGAUGAAGGAUUUCAUUUCAGAACGGAGGCUUUUAAUCGCCGUCUUUGCCCUUCGUUUCUCCAACCUGCGACCUGACAAGAGCAGAGUGUCAGCUCCAGGUUCAAGGCAGAGUGGCUGGGCAGAUGAGGACUGCCCUCUGCCUCCUGUUCACUGUCCCUUGGACAAGCCUCCCAGCCUGACCCUCGCUGUCAGAGUAGCUCAGCUGAGUAGUUGUUCUAAGAAUGGGUUCUGUGGAGAGCCUGCUGCCAGGCUGCAUGCUAACCCUUUCUAGGUGUUAGUUCUUGUAUUCCUGGGGCAGAGAAGUUACAGCGCCUGCCCAAGGUCGUGCGGCUGGUAAGUGGCAGAACAGGACUUGAACCAGCCUCUCUGCUCUGAGACGUGCUCUGGAUUCUAGAGCUUCCUCAGUGAGGUCCCGGGUGGGCUUGGAUGCGAAUUCUCCAUCCACGGGUGUGCCGUGUUGUGGAAAGGCUGGGAACACUGCUUUAUGACAAAAAUAAAUGCAUUUUACUUA